GGUGCCGCAGCUCCCCGCCUGGCUCUCGGCAGACCAAAUGGAGGCGGCUAUUUUGGGAAGAGUUGACCAACUGCUCGACGAGAAAUUAAAGUUCCACUUGCCGAGACAUCGAGAAGUUCGAGACGUGCACCAGCGAUGCAACUGCCCGGCAGGUCCGCCUGGGGACAAAGGCGCCAUGGGGAUCCCUGGACGGCCGGGCGCUCCGGGAGAAGCAGGCAUGUCCAUCAUCGGGCCCCGCGGUCCACCCGGGCAGCCUGGGACAAGAGGUUUUCCUGGGUUCCCGGGCCAGUGCGCCGAGUACCCGCACAGGGGCGGAGCGGGAGAACCUGGGAAGCCCGGCAGAGAUGGAAAGGGCUUACCUGGGCCUCCUGGACCAAAGGGAGACGCUGGAAUUCAGGGAUACCCCGGCAGAAAGGGUGAGGUGGGCGAGUCAGGCCUGCCCGGUGCACGCGGCCUCCCCGGAGCUACUGGCCCCAAGGGCUCUCCUGGGAUGGCUGCUGCAGGGAUGAAGGGCGAACCGGGGACUCCAGGAGAAAAGGGAGAGCCUGGAGUCCCAGGGAGGAUGGGCCCCCCAGGUUUGCCAGGGAAAAGGGGGCAGCGGGGUGAGAAGGGCCGAGCUGGCGACCCUGGGCUGCCUGGACUCCCAGGCCCAAAGGGAGAGAAGGGAAAUACUGAGAAUGCCUUGGAUGGAGGUAAAGGGGAACCCGGCCCACCAGGCUUGCCUGGUCCCCCUGGACCAAAGGGAGAAGCUGGUGAUGUUGGCUUGCCUGGCACUGCAGGAUCCCGGGGGGAAAAGGGAGAACCUGGUGCACCCGGAGAGCAGGGACCCAUGGGCCCACGGGGCCCUAAGGGAGAGCCUGGGAAGGAUGAAAUGAUGGACUAUGAUGGUAACAUCAGUGAAGCUCUGCAGGAAAUACGAACUUUGGCCUUGAUGGGACCCCCAGGACUUCCAGGUGUGGCUGGACCUCCAGGGCCACCGGGGCAGAAGGGUGAAAUUGGUUUGCCGGGUCCUCCGGGCCACGAUGGAGAGAAGGGGCCACGAGGCAAGCCAGGAGAAAUGGGCCCCCCUGGCCCUCAUGGACUGCCAGGAAAGAAUGGACCGCCUGGAGUAAAGGGAGAACCAGGACACACUGGGGCCUCAGGAGAAAAGGGGGAGAAAGGAGAGCCAGGACGAGCUGGCUUACCAGGUCUUGAUGGCCCGACUGGAGAGAAAGGAGAACGAGGUGACCAAGGGAUGCCAGGACCAUCAGGAUUGCCGGGUCCCAUUGGACUUCCAGGAUUGACAGGAGAAAAGGGAGAACCUGGGGAGCGUGGAGACAAAGGAAAUCCAGGAGAAUCGAUAUCAGGGCCCCCGGGACCCCAAGGCCCACCAGGACCUCCGGGUCUUCAGGGCCUUCCAGGACCGAAGGGGGAAGCAGGGAUUGAUGGAAUGAAAGGAGAGAAGGGUGUCCAGGGUGAAAAAGGAGACAGAGGGCCACUGGGAUUACCCGGUGCUUCAGGUUUAGACGGCAGGCCUGGACCACCGGGUACUCCAGGACCAAGUGGGGUUUCGGGACCAGCAGGACCAAAAGGCGAAAGGGGCAGUAAAGGAGAUCCUGGAGUUGUAGGACCAAUGGGGCCAGCAGGGCUUCCUGGUUUACAAGGCCUACCUGGUGACAGAGGAAUCCGGGGGGAGAGGGGCAAGAAAGGCUCUAGAGGGUCUAAAGGGGAUAAGGGAGACCAAGGAGCGCCUGGAUUAGAUGCACCCUGUCCGUUGGGAGAAGAUGGCCUGCCAGUUCAAGGCUGCUGGAAUAAGUGAUGGUUCUAACCCUGGACUGGCCUGUGUGUGUUACUGUACAUAGGAUAUUUAUUUUUAUACAGUGUUCUUCUCUGAAAUGCCAGAAGUUAUGCGUUUUUACAAAUUAUCAAGAGGCUGCAUAUUUUUUUGUACAGAAAAUACUAAAUCCCCCUUCCUGCUCAUUUGUCAGUUCUCUGUAUAAUUCUAUGUCUGCAUUAUGCUUGUUUUGUCAUGGAGUACAGCUGUAAUAUUUACAUGAUAUUUGUGCACACGUGAUGAAUAUUGGACCUUAAAUAAAUUAUUGCAUUAAAAGUGCCCA